AUGGAAGAGGGAGGCAGCAACAGGUUCCGGAGGAGGAGAGAGGAGGCAGAGGAGGCAGAGGAGGCAGAGGAUGCAGAGGAGGCAAAGGCAGACCCAUGUGCGCGCCGCUGGAGGGAUGCUCCCGCUGGUGUCCAGAGGAAAGAGCAGAGAGCGACCACCUUCCACUCUCUGUGUGUUUCAGCGUGUCUGGGACGUGAGGGGUUGGACAGAGCAACUUCAAUCACAAGUCGCUCGGGAAUGCGCUGCCGGCGCGCCGCCCGCCCUCCCCAGCCCCCUGGGUGGUGGGUUGGUGGGGGGUGGGGGGGGGGGGGUGGGGUGGCGCACCCUCCUGGCACGCAAGUCCACACGAUCACCCCUUCUGCCUUCCACCCAACCUGCCGUUGA